UUGUUGACACCAUGCAAAUCAAACACAUUAUUAUUGUCUGCAGAAAUACUACUACAUUUUGAAAAUCUUGACGGAGGGGAGACAAGAUAAAAAGACAAAGGUCAAAAAGCAGGAGAAAUUCAUGGGAAUAAAGUUGAAACACAAUGUUUUUCCAGGGGGGAAAAGGGGAGGUUCAACUCCAACCACAAGUUGGAAAAUUGGGCUUGCUCAUUCUGAUGGUUCUUUAGUCCAUGUUCACAAUUCCAACACUCUCUCUGCCAGAACACUUGGUGCCAAUCUCAACAAGACUCACACACAUAUUAAGGCCGCCAGAAUGAACAAGGCUGACUCUGGGAUUGCUCACUGCAAUGAUGAGGAAGAGGAGUGUUUCCAGCUUUGUAGUCAUGUGGCUGACCCUCCUGAUGACACAGAAGAGCAGCCAACCAGUGCUGGUAGUUUAAGAAGACAUAUAGCUGCUACACUAUUUCGACACCAUCGAUUUGUCGGAAUAAAUGGCCAUGCCCUGCAGCCUGUAUCGUUGGCAAGCCCUAGUAGCUCACCGGAGGCUGCGCCAUACUACUCUGCAGUCACUCCGGCAAGUCCUUUGGACUUGACAGAUCAAGGAGAGUUCAGUUACAAUGUUAAGACAUCUGCGGAGUUGCUUAAAGUACUUAACCUCAUUUGGAGUUUGGAAGAGCAACAUGCUGCUAAUUUAUCAUUGAUGAAGACACUGCAAAGGGAACUGGAACACUCUCAAGAACAAAUUGAAAAGCUGCUACAGGAAAAGAGAAGAGGACGGGAUAUAAAUAAGAUUAUGGAACAUAACUCUUUGGAUACACCACUUAGGAGAGCAAAGGAACAAGUCCCAACCAGAAAUGCAGUUCUGUCUGUGAGGGAUGAGCUGGAAAGUGAGAGGAAGUUAAGAAAACAAUCUGAAAGUCUUUACCUAAAACUAGCUCAAGAACUUUCCCAAGUAAAAUCCUCCUUUUCUAAUUCUCUGGAAGAAUUAAAACGUGAGAGAAAGGCACGUAUUCUGUUAGAAAAUUUGUGCGAUGAAUUUGCCAAAGGAAUUACAGAUUAUGAACAAAAGGCCAGGUUUUUAAAACACAGGCCUGAUGAGGGUUUGUUUUCAAGGGAACGCCCCGAUCAGCUGAUUCUUCACAUUUCUGAAUCAUGGCUAGAUGAGCGGAUGCAAAUGAAACUAGCAGCGACUCCAUGUGGUACUACUGAUAAAAGCACAAUUGUGGAGAAGUUGAGCAUGGAAAUAGAAUCCUUUCUUCAGUCCAAACAACCUGUUGUUUCCAGAUAUGUUGAUGGAUUAAGCUUAAAAAAGGUGAAGAAAAAUAGCUCACAUAGAUAUUCUUUGGAGUCCUUUCAUUUGAAUGAUGUUGCAAGUGCUCCUCGGGAUGGGGAUUGUGAAGAGGAUUCUACAGGUAGUGUUUUGAACUCUUUAGCUUUCAAUAAGCAUUCGAGUGGCACAAGAAUGAAUGGUGCCUCCAAACUAAUUAUUGACCGUGGUAAAGAUUUAAUAAAUUCAGAUCCUAGUAGAAAUAAAAUCCAGACCAGGGAUGUCUUCAAGUGCAAUGAAUAUCACUCUAGCUCACAAAACCAGUCCCACAAACAUAGUUUUACAACUGUGUCAUGUGAUGUGAACAAUGUUCGAGUGGACAAGUACAAGAAAUCACAAAGUACUGAAGCUUCAAAAGAAAGAAAGCAAAUAAGAGCAGAAUCCCAUGAUUUCCACCCAGACGAUGUGCUCCAUUCUAUAACUAGAAAUCAUUCUGUGUCCAGGAAUGAUGGAAAGCUUCACAGUGAGAAGCCCUGUACGGAAGAUUCUUUAGAUCAUUCUGCAUCCUCAAAUCAUCCCAUGACAAUCACAACAUCAAAGCCAGAAAUUUCUGAAUCUUCAAGCCAAGGGCUUCAAAUUAUGAAGAAACACUCCUUAAAGGCCAGGCUACUUGAAGCAAAGUUGGAGAGUCGGCAUUCUCUAAUGAAAAAUUCUAAAGCCCCUAUAUAUUGAACAAUGUGAACUGUUUGCCUGCAUAUUAUGAGACUGAAAUAGUGUAUUUGGUUUGUAAGUUGGACUGCAAUUCCUAAUUAAUAAUUCUGCUAAGUUUGUUGUUUGGUUAA